AUCGAUGACUUUUGUCCAUGGGAUGUGGAGUAUUCCUCUAAAGAAGAACUGUGUGAGACUCGUGAUUGGAAAAAGGUGUCUCAAGAGAACGCAUAGUUUGAAUAUCUUCAUGGACAGCAAACAACAACAUAAGGCUGCAUUGGACGAUGUCAAUCAAAAGGGUCACUUUGUUCGAAGAGAGUCCCAGUUCCGCAACUGGAUUUCAAGAGAAAAAAUAGCAGACUUUGCAGCAGAGCCUUGUAGAUAUCACUUAUAUGUUUCUCUGGCUUGUCCUUGGGCCCAUAGAACACUAAUUGUACGUAAACUGAAAGGCUUGGAACCUGUCAUAGGUUGUACUGUAGUACACUAUCAUAUGGACAGCAUGGGCUGGAGAUUUAUAGAACCAGGAGAGAAGGUUCCUUUCUGUACUCCUGAUGAAAUAAAUGGCGCCAAAAGACUCCGGGACAUUUAUUUUCAAGUAGAUCCUGGAUAUGACGGAAGGUUUACGGUACCUUUGUUGUGGGAUAAGAAAAGGAAGACCAUAGUGAACAACGAGUCUGCAGAAAUUAUUCGAAUGUUAAAUAGCGAAUUUAACGAAUUUGCUGAAAAUCCAGCUUUGGAUUUAUAUCCAGCGGAACUAACAUCCAAAAUUGACGCUAUCAACGGUGUUAUAUACGAAGUAGGUUGUUUCUCUUUGGAUGAGAAAAGUACUGAAGAGUUACAGAAUGUAAACAAUGGAGUUUACAAGGCAGGUUUUGCUCGCACACAGGAAGCUUAUGAAGAGGCAGUUACCACUUUGUUUCAUGAACUUGAACAUUUGGAACAAAUACUUUCUAAAUCUCGUUAUCUUUGUGGAAACCAAGUGACUGAAGCUGAUAUUCGAUUAUUUACAACUCUCAUUCGAUUUGAUGCCGUUUACCAAUAUCAUUUUAAAUGUAAUCUGAGGCCUUUAUACUCGUUUCCCAAUUUGCAUGGGUUCACUUUGGACAUGUAUCAGUUACCAGGUGUCAAAGAAACCGUUUCUUUCGAGCAUAUUAAGAAACAUUAUUACAUGAGUCAUCCGACGAUUAAUCCUUUUGGUAUAGUUCCAAUGGGUCCUAAACUGGACUUUUCUGUUUCUCACAAUCGAGAUACUCAAUUUUCAUAAAUCAGACUUUGUUCAACUGAAAUAGAGCCUUUAUUCUUCUUCGGCUAUAGUACUACACAUUUGA